CCUAGUUGGACGUUGAAUCCAUGUCUCAUCAGUUCGUAAUUUACCCAAGUUUGGCUCUACAUCAUUUCAACUCUUCUGUAAAAUACUUAUUAUAUACUUACUAAGAAAAUCCGUACGUUAAGGACAGCAAGAAACACCUGCGUAUCGCCCCAUGUCUGUAUCUUCGAGUUGUAUAUAUGUAUAACCGUUUUCGCGAGUGUUACUUUUUUCGCUCUCGAUAGUAUUAAAAGUUUUCGUGAACGCGCGUGUGCAUGUGACAAAAAACUUCGAUGAUAUUACGCACAGUGCGGUCGUUGGUGCGAAACGGGAAAAAAACACUCGGUAAAUAAUGGCGUUCGCGAGUGAAGCAGUGCAGACGAGCUGCACGAGCAGUGAGGUUGUUGUCGCGGGUUAAGGUGGCGAUAGCAGUUUUUUAUUUGUUGAAAUAAGCCUUUUCGGCGGGUUGUUGUGAGUUUUUUGAAAAGGACAAAGUCUGUCGCAGCCGACAGAGCAUGAACAUGAUGAUCGCGCCCCAGGUCGUGGGUGUCCUGCUCAAGAAGCCCGGCCAACAGCAGAGCUGCCAUCAUCGCAGUCCCAGGAUUCCUCCGGUCGAUCAUCAGGAAACCAAAAUUAGAGGUGAACUGUACGUGGAGGACCUGGGCGAGCGACGCUUCGUGUCCAUAAGAAUGGGCUGGCUGUGGGUCGAAGGGACGCCGAUGCGGUUGGCCUUGCGAGCCUUAAAUCUCAGACAAGCCGAGCCCAGCAUCUGCCAACCGCACGCGCUAGCUCUCGGCUUCACGUUGAGUGACUCCAAGGACGACCCCCUCGCCACAUUUUGGACUGACACCGAGCCGACCUGGUGGUCGUGGGUACGCGCUAUAGCUGCCGAGAUAGUCCGACAGACGCCUUUCCGCGCCCAGCGUUGCCUGAACUUCCUCGGUAUCCUGACGACUUGUCCGCGCGGGCCUGUGCCUCUCCCCGACAGUCCCACAGAGCAGCGUCGGCGCUCCCGCAGCGAGCUCCGUUACUGGCCCACCGCCGAUCUCAGCAUCGAAAAGAUCUCCCCUGACCAACACUCCCCCUCGAUCCUCGAAGAGUCGCGAAGACGCGCGCGUAGCGAGCUCCGGGCCUGGUCGAGCAGCAACACCAGCAGCGACGAGGACCUCCUCCUGGGCGGGUCCGUCACCGCGGCUAAUGUAACAGGUGGGGGAGUAGUCGUGGGCGUCGUCGUGAGCGCGAGCGGUGGGGUACACAAUAGUAGCACCAGUAGCCGGGCCUGGGGCUGUAGCGAGAGCAGCGAGGGUAGCGACGACAGCCUACCCUGGGGUGCUGGUGGUCCCUGCUGUCGCUCGAGCGUCGACUCGGUUGACUCGGCCAUUUCCCUGAGUGAGCCUAGCACUCGAGAACAGCGCAUGCAGCGCUACAAGGAGGCCAGACGCCGCGAGAACGAGGCCAGGCGCAGGCAGGUCCUCGAGGAGGAUGCCAGGCGACGCUGGGCCAACAAGGCGGUCGGCCCGUGUGUCAACACACUCGCUACUACCCGAAAGUCUGAAGAGAACAACAACCACAACGACGACGAGGGUGUCGACAGUAGCUAUCGCGCGUCGAGGCACAGAAGGAGCAGUUCCUCUAAAGCGACGAGAACCAGGUUGUUUGCAAACGUUGACGACCACGACGACAACGAGGUGCCGUUACUGACGUCCCCGAAGACGGAGCUGACCAGGGUAAUAUCGUCUUCCUCUUCGUCUUCUUCAUCCACAUCGUCGACCAACUCCUCGCGAAUCGAGGAUGCCCCCGGCAGUGGCAAGUACUCGAGUCCCGUCAAACCUCAGACCGACACGUGCUCCACGGUAAGGUUCGAGAACACGAGGCAGCAGCAGUACGACGACAACUGGAACAACAAUAACAACAACAACAGCAAUAACAAGAACCACAGUAGUAACAAAAAUAGCGACAGCGUGAGCCGCAACAACCAGUUGAACAGUAGUCUAACGAAGCUCGGCAUCCUCAAGACGGACGCGGCGCUCGAGCGCAGGAGUCGGGCUCGGGAGCGCCGAAACGUCCGGGACAAGGGUCCCCAGCUGUCGUUGCCCGCCGUAGUGGCGUCGGCGAAACCGGACGUAGAAACGCUCAAGGAGCGCAAGGAGCGGUUGAACAGUACCACAGCAGCGAUUGCGAGGAGUACGACGGUGUCGUCGAGCUCGGCGGUAGCGACGAAGCUGCCCGAGAUUCCGAUGGAGUGCUGCAUUAGCCAACAGCAGCAACGGCAGGAGCAGCAGUACCGAAGGUCGGUCUCGCUGUCGGUGCUCCAGGAGCAGCAGCCUCCACCGUGCGAGGAGGACGUGGCGAGGCUCCUGAAGCGCUGUCAGAGGGUCGACCACUACGUGCCUGUGCGCGAUAAGCUCACGCUCUUCGAGUCGCUGACGAGGAUGGCCGGCCGGCUGGCCCGGAGCACCGAGGACCUCUGCAGGACGUGUAACAGCAGCAAUCCGAGCCCCAAGGGCAAACAGAGGGCCAGAUCCCUGCACGACCUCAAUAGGGGCGGGGUCAAGUUGGUGCCGGUUCGGGAGAUGUGCCGGUUCUUCGAAAAUGGCAAGGCCUCCUCCUACACGUCUGUUGCCAACGCCACGCUUAGGAAGGAAACCACCAGAGGGCGACCUUGCGAGCUCGGUGCUCCUAUCAAUGGCGCUAUCAAGAGUUUCCGGGAGCCACCGCGGAACCCCAACGCGCCCUGCAUUAGGACCUCCACCCGAAGGAAACACUAUGCCAAAUGAGCGGGACGAGCGCUUACGGACUGAUUAUCUUUGCCACCCCUCGUUUUUUGUUUGCGUUGUUUUUUCUACUCCCUUUUUCGUGUCCAUGUUUUUGAUUUUCGAGAGGUCCGAAACAGGAAGCUGCAAUCGAUUUGCGAUCUCUGGUUAAAUUAUUGUUUAUAGUGUUGUUAUUGUUGGAUCGAGAAAUUUGGCUUGUAUCAGGCUCACAGCGCUUUUUUAUUGUAUUUAUUGCUAAGUCGUUCGGAAAACAAAGAAAAAUUAUUUAUUAAACUCUUCUCAAGCGGAGCUUAUUGCAAGACUAUUACACGUUUAUCGUUGUUACA